AUGGCCGCAGCGGCCAGCGUGCAGCCGGCGUCGCCGGCCAGGAGGAUCAUUGCAUGUCUGGACGUGCGGGCCAACGAUACCGGCGACUUAGUGGUGACCAAGGGGGACCAAUACGAUGUGCGGGAGAAGGGCGAUGGCGGCGUGCGAAACCACGGCAAGCCGGUGGCGCUGGCGGAACGCUACUACCAAGAUGGGGCCGAUGAAGUCUCCUUCCUCAACAUCACAGCUUUCAGGGAUAUGGUCCUGGCCGAUCAGCCCAUGCUGGAAGUCCUACGCUCUUCGGCGCAGCGCGUUUUUGUACCCUUGACGGUGGGAGGAGGCAUCCGAUCCUACGUGGACGGCAACGGUCAAAGUUACAGUGCGCUGGAUGUGGCGGAUGCUUACUUUCGAGCAGGCGCCGAUAAGAUCUCCAUCGGUUCGGACGCCGUGGACGCGACGCGCGCCUUCUACGCCUCGGGGCGAAAGGGCGACGGCACGUCCUCCAUCGAACUCAUCAGCACAAAGUAUGGGCGCCAGGCAGUGGUGGUCUCUUUGGAUCCCCGCAGGGUCUAUGUGGCGGACAGAGGCAGCACGGAGCAUCACUGCGUGGGCCCACUGGGCUCGGAGAAAGGAACGCCCAAAGGUCCCAAUGGGGAAGCCUUCGCCUGGUACUGCUGCACCGUAAAGGGUGGCCGGGAAGACAGCGAAUUUGAUGUGGUGCAGCUGGCGCAAGCCGUGGAGGCGUUAGGUGCCGGAGAGCUGCUAUUGAACUGCAUCAAUCGCGAUGGCCAGGGCAACGGUUAUGAGUUGGAACUCAUCCAGCAGGUGAAGUCCGCUUGCACGUUGCCGGUGAUCGCCAGCAGCGGCGCUGGCUGCCCCGAGCACUUCGAGGACGCCCUGGCCGUGGGCGAAGCCGAUGCAGCGCUGGCGGCGGGCAUCUUUCAUCGGGAAGAGGCUCGGGUGCUGACCAAAAGCGACGUGCGAAAGUUCAACAACAGCCGUGGGGAGGGGCAGCUGUUUAAGGUGGACCUGAAGGAUCAGUCGGGGGAGAUGUCUGCGACCUUUUUUGGGCGCGCUGUGGAUAAGUACUACAACAUGCUGAAGUGCGGCCAGGUCUACACUUUUCAGAAGGGGCAAGUGAAAGCCGCCAACAAACGCUACGACAGUGGGGACUUUGUGCUAUCCUUCGAGGAGCAUGCAGACAUUAAGGCCGUUGAGGAAGAUACCAACAUUCCACGGAUAAGCUAUGACUUCAAGCCCCUGUGCGAUGUGGCCAAUAUGCCGCCCGAAACAUCGGUGGAUGUGAAAGCCGUGGUGUAUAGUGUGCAGGCACCCUUCACCUUUGUGGCCAAGACCUCCAACAAGGAGAUGACGAAGCGGGAGAUCGGCCUGUGGGACCCAUCUGGCUCUUCAGGCCACAGCACCAUGGAGCUGGUCCUUUGGAACGAGCGCGCCGUAGGGACAGACUUCGAAAUUGGAGCUGUGGUGUUUCUGAAGAAGGCAAGAAUCUCAGAGUUCAACCAGAUGAAGUCCCUUGGCAGCCCAGCACAGUUGGAGUUGCAUUCGGACCAUGAGGAUUCCUUUCUGCUGAUGCGGAAGUUUAAGGAUUUCCAGGACUCUGGUCAGCAGCUUGCUUCGCCCUCCAAGUUCUCGAAUUCUUCCGGUCAGCGAAAGACCAUCGAAGAGUGUAAGCAGGAGGAUUUGAAACUGGCCUCCCCCGGUGCCAUGAUGGGCGGUGGGGAGAAGGGCGUGCACAAGCACACGGUGGUGGCAACCCUGACCAGCAUGCCGACCGACCGGGCACCGUACUACAGCUCAUGCCCACAGCAGGUUGAAUCCAAUGCACCUGCUUCGCGUCAUGCCACGAUGAGGAUUUGCAACAAGAAAGUGAGCCAGAGAGAGAAUGGCGAGUGGACCUGCAUGGGGGGUCACGUUUCCAGCUACCCCGAGUUCCGCUACCUCUGCCGCCUCAACGUGCUGGAUCACACGGAUCAAAUGGAAGUGAACCUCUAUGAUGAUGUGGUUAAGAAUCUCCUGGGCCGAGAAGCGCGUGACUACAUGGCGAUCUUCGAAGCCGCACACAACGGUGGAGAAGGGGCGCAGCCGCUGAAGGAGGUGAAUCAGAAAAUGGAAUGGAAGAAAUGCUCCCUGGUACUUCGUUCAAGCAAAGAGAUUUGGCAAGAGAAUGAGCGGGUGAGGUAUUCCGUAGACUCUGCUCAGCCAAUUCCCUUGGAACAAGAUGCCAGGCAGAUGCUUGGGGACAUCAUGGCCUCAUUGGAAGCGUGA